AUGGGGGAACUUUUGCGCAUGCCCAAAGAGAUCUGGCUCAUAGUUACCGACUCCCUGGAGAGUGAGGACCUAGUUAGACUCUCUCUGACAUGCAGGAGGGUACAGACAAUAGCUGAAGAGCGGCUCUACAGACAAUGCAACUUGGAACAGGUUAUUUCAUGGGCAUGGGAAACCUGGAUUCGCAACAAGACCUUUGAAAAGCUGGUCCACUAUCGAAAGGGACCAGGCAGACGAGAAUGGAUUUUUCGUGACAUCCCUGUACUGAUGUCUGCUGCUCUGCAAGUAAAGCGCGAUGCAGUCAAUCUGCUGUUGAAGAACGAUUUCGUUGUCACAAAGGAGGCAAUUUCGUUUCUCCUAUCCCAGGGUCGACAACAAGACAUCAUAAGCACAUUAAUCAACGGAGCUUUGUAUGGCUAUGAUGCACUCGUCAAAAUGAUGGUAAAGUGCAUUUCUGGUCUGGAAAGCGCCGAAGUCGAUAAGUACGGGGUGAAGAAGGUCGGCGCCCUUGAUAUAUUCCAGGCCGCCUCCCUGGAUCGUCCUGAGAUUACCAAGUCAAUAUCAUUGAUUUUACCAAGGCGUAUGCGUCAGAGUCAGCUAUAUACCGCGCUGGUCUUCGGAAUCAAUACAGGAAUGCUUGACGACGGUCAGAAGGUAAAAGCUGUGAAAUCCCUACUGGCGCAUGGGGCCAAACCAGUCGACGGCCGCCACGAGAAACCUCUGGAACUCGCAGUGCGGUGGGGUUAUGAUGAAAUUGUGUCGAUACUAUUCCAAGGAAGGAAAUUCAAUUCGCGCUCGGAAUCACAUCGGAAGGCGUGGAGGAUUGCAAAGAGAAGGGGGCACAACAACAUUCUGAAGACUUUAUUACCGGAACAUAGGGUCAGUACGCGACAGCUGUCUUCGCAGUUAACCUAG